AAACGGACUCAACGAAAGGACACAAGUGCGGAGUAGGUAAUGGGGAUAGCUUUGGAUUGGAUAGCAUAGGAGACAGGAGACCCCUUAUUCUCGGAUUAAAAGUUCUCUUCCUUUUUCCGUCUGUCUCAGUCCACCCUCCCUACUUUCUCUCACUUUCCCUCGUUUUUUCUCUCUCCCCAAACACCGCUCUCCUCUCUGACACCACCCACCCUCUCUGCAAACUCUCUGUUCUCACUCCCCUUGUUUUUCUCUCAAGCCUUUGUCCCUUUCCCCCCAAAGGCUAUUCACCUUUUUAUUCUCUCUCUCUCUCUCUCUCUCUCACUUUCUCUCCUUUUUUCUCUCUCUGAUCGAUCAUGCUUCAAAGCUUGGUUCCGCAAUCUCCAAUUUCGAAUACUAACCCUAAUACUAGUCCUAGCAAUAGCAACGCCAUGAGGACGAAGCGCGUGGACCGCGAUGAUAGCUCCGGCGACGAGGCGACGAUGAAGCGGAGGAAUUUGUUGAACGAGGCGUCGGUCUCCGGCGAGAAGGCCGUGGAGGAAGCGGAGGAGGGCGAGUCGAGCGGGCUGAGACUCCUAGGGCUUCUGCUGCAGUGCGCCGAGAGCGUCGCCACGGAGAACCUCGACGACGCCACCGAUCUCCUCCCCGAAAUUGUGGAGCUCUCGUCCCCGUACGGCUCGUCGCCGCAGCGCGUGGGGGCAUACUUCGCGCACGCACUCCAGGCGCGCGUGAUCACCUCCUGCCUGGGCACCUACUCGCCGCUGAGCUCCAGAAGCCAAACCCUAACCCAGUCCCAGAGAAUCUUCUUGGCUCUCCAAUCCUACAAUUCCAUCAGCCCUUUAGUGAAAUUCUCUCACUUCACAGCCAACCAAGCCAUUUUCCAAGCCUUGGACGGCCAAGACCGCGUACACGUCAUCGAUCUCGAUAUAAUGCAGGGCCUCCAGUGGCCAGGGCUGUUCCACAUCCUCGCCUCCCGAACUAGAAAGAUCCGAUCUAUGCGGGUCACCGGGUUCGGAUCCUCCUCCGAGUUGUUGGAGUCGACCGGUAAGAGACUGGCGGACUUCGCGACGUCGCUGGGGUUGCCUUUCGAGUUCCACUCGUUCGAGGGCAAAAUAGGGAAUCUGAAAGAUCCGAGUCAACUCGGGGUGAGGCCGAGCGAGGCGAUCGUCGUGCACUGGAUGCACCACUGCCUGUACGACAUAACGGGGAGCGACUUGAGAGCGUUGAGAUUGUUGACUUUGUUGAGACCGAGGGUGAUGACGAUGGUGGAACAGGAUCUGAGCCACGGCGGCGGGUUCUUGGCGAGGUUCGUGGAGGCUUUGCAUUACUACAGCGCGUUGUUCGACGCGCUGGGGGACGGAUUGGAUGGGGAGAGCGUGGAGAGGCAUAUGGUGGAGCAGCAGUUGUUUGGGUGCGAGAUUAGAAACAUCGUGGCCGUGGGUGGGCCCAAGAGGACCGGGGAGGAGAAGGUGGAGAGGUGGGGGGACGAGCUGAGGCGGGUCGGGUUCCGGCCGGUUUCGCUUGGGGGGAACCCGGCGGCCCAGGCCAGCUUGUUGCUUGGGAUGUUCCCAUGGAAGGGUUAUACUCUGGUGGAGGAGAAUGGGUGCUUGAAGUUAGGGUGGAAGGAUCUGUCUUUGCUCACAGCCUCGGCGUGGCAGCCGUCGGUUUGAAUUGGUACGAUGGAAUCCGAUGAAUAUUAUUUGGAUCGUCGGUCAGGUUAGGAACAAGUGGGAUCAUGCUUUUGGUGCAUUUCAAUGUUGUUGAAGAGUAGUUUUAGAGAAUUUUUGUUUGUGUUUAAUAAUACCAAGGAGAUUUUGAAGGUAUUAAGUGAACUAGUCUUUGUUCACAUUGUUGUUAAUUCUUUGAACUUGUUCCUGUGUAUUUGGGAAAAGGAAAAACAUAGAGAGAGAAAAAAAAAAAAAAAAAAUGAUCCUUUCUAUUUGGAGGUAGCUUUUAGGGGAUUUUAUAGGUGCUAAACUCAAGUGGUAGUCAUUGAAUUCUUAAUUCCUUGUAAUUGCUUGAUUUAUUUCAAUAUUUUACAUGUGGGCCUUUGUUAAAUGUCCUAGAAAAUAUAAAUUUGGUUCCAAUU